GGCACAUUUCGGCUAGAAGAAGCAAGCUCAAGAACUGGCUGAUAGUAAAAAGGGGAUUCUCGAUCUUGAGAGGUAAACAUUGUCUUCUUUGAUUGAUGUUAAGAUUCCUUCCUCCACUCACCGAUUCUUAUCGCCGCUGAAAGAAAAUAAAAAAAAAUAGAAACAGUUUCCCCUCAGGUCUUAAGCAAAAUGGAGGCAGAACAACGAACAAGCACUCCACCAAAAGAACAAGAAUCUAAGGCCGCGGAGAAGAAAGGCCCUCCUCCAUCUCAGUCUCCAGCCACCACAAAUGUAUAUGUGCGCAGAAAAGUGGAGACUGACACAUCAAAAGACAAUCUGAGUAAGCAGCAGCCCAAGGUCAGCUCAUCAUCCGCAGUACCACCUCCGGCCUGGGAAGAGCGUUACCAUCAUCUUCAAAUGAAUUUAAACAAGCUUAACGAAUCUGAUCAGACGGAUCCUCAUCUACACAUGCUUUGGUCACAAUCCUCAGCAGAGCUUAGCAAGCAUGCUGUUGACUUGGAAAAGAGGUCUAUUCAGCUCUCUCUCGAGGAAGCGAGGGAGAUGCAACGUGUAGCGGCUUUAAACGUGCUAGGAAGGUCUGUGAAUGAUGGGGGUCUAGGCUGAGGCAGCGCUUUUGUAAGAGCUUCCAAGCCAAAAGUCUUUCUUAAGCUCCUAGAACAAACUGUCGCACGUCACUUGUUACUUCCAAACCAGAGUUUAUGAUUUUGUAUUUGUGUAUACUCUUCCCAUAUUUCAUACUACCAAGUCCAUGUAUUUAUCUCUGUAGAUGAAGAUAUUGAAUUUUAAAUUGGAGAGAAAUUUGCUAAG